AAGUAUAGUAAUAAUGUUUAUUUGUUAUCAUAGUUGAUAAGCGUACACAACUUUUAGUAUUUAAUAGGAACAAGAUUUACAGGAAACUAUGGAUGACGAUAAUAGUGAUAGUCCAUUUACAGUGUGGCAGAUGUUUAAUGCACCUACACUAGUAUUGUUUAACAAUUUAGAACAUGCUGCGGAUGGUCUUGAUAGGCUCUUGAUUUCUAUAUUAAAGUUAUCCGGUGAUUUUUCAGAAGUAUUGGUCCCUCGACCAGGAGUUUCAAAAUGCCCAGAUUCCUACUAUUGCGCCUUUAAUACAUGGCUAAUUGGAAGACUAUUUUACAUUUGUUCAGUUGAUGAUCUUCAAAGAAUCCACACUUCAAGCAAGAACGCACAACUUAAAAUUCUUAAUAUUUUGUGUACAAAUGGAGCAUCAUUUUAUAGAAAUAUUCAUUCUGAAUAUUAUACAAUUUUAAAAGCACUCUUAAAAUACUACGAAGAUUAUCCCCGUGGGAAUCAUAAUGAAAUUAUUUUGAAUAAUUUUACACCUGAAAAGAUAGAAAUACCAAAUGUCGAUUUACAACACAUAUAUGUGAAGGUAGAAAAUGUUACGAAAUGUAAAAGUUUGAUUGAUUUGGUACUGCAACUCCUAUCUGAUAGUAUACCACCUGGUUUGAUGUACACUACUAAAUUAGACGGUGAAGAGAAACUUUUUACACAAGUAUUGUAUGCAAUGGAAAAUUUCAAUAUGGAUCUAAAAUAUAUGGGUUUUAGAUUUUUUCUUAACUUAAUUAAAAAUACAAAUACUGUGUCAAUCACGAAAUUUAAUGAAAUGUUUCCAAGGAUUUUUCAAACUUUGCUCUCCGCCCUCGAAGCUCUUGUUCAGUGUAUGGAUGUAUUACACGAUAAGUCUGAAAUUGAUAACAUUUUACUAAAUAAUUUAAACACUAUUCUACUAGAAUAUGUGAAACUUAUUGAGAAUAAUCAUAAACAGAAUCUAGUUGGUAUAGUUUCCAGUAUCCUAUCGAAUAAAAGUACCAGGAUAUUUGACAAAGAACUUCAUUUGUAUUGUUUAUCAUUAAGUAAUAAAAUCAAUUUAUCAAAAGAUUUGAUAAAUAUAUCAGAUAUGGAUGCUUCUCAAAUACACAAACUGUCACAAUAUUAUUCGAAGCAAAUUAUUGAAUACAUUGAGUGUAAUAGAAAAGCUGCAACAAAAUUACAUUUAAAUAGAAAUUGGUAUUACACUCAAGUAAUAUCAACUGUAAAUAGUUUUAAGACUUGUGCAGAAUUGAAUGCGAAUGAUAUGUUUUUAGUAAAUUAUCAUCUUCAAAGGUGCUAUGAAGCUCUGGGUAUAUUAGAAUUAGUUAGAAUUGAUAAUGAAAUGUAUGUUUCUGAAAAUAUUGAAACUUUUUCUGAAUUAAUAAGCAAAAAAACAAUUUUGGCUAUUUGGCACAUAUUAAUAAAAGUAAUACAACAGCAUCAAAUCCAGCUUGUUAACAAUGAGAGUAGCAUGGAUUUAGUUAUGAAUAUUGUGCUUAGUACAAUAAAUUUAAGCAAUAACAUUGUCAGAGAUGAUACUCAAUUAUUGUUACAAAUACUCUGCUUUCAAACAUCAUCUGUUUUUACCGAACAUAAUUUGUCAUUUGGUGAUUUGAUAAAAACGCAUAUAUUGAAGUAUUUGCUACUCGCCAAACUAUAUUUACAAGCUAAAAUAAAUGACGAUUUGAUAAAAUGGCAAAAAAUUAUAAAAUUUUUGCAUAAUUCGGUAUUCAAUUGCAAAGAUUUGAAUGUUUCAAAAAAGGUUAUAGAGUUGUACACUUUAUUGAAAUUAAACAAUAUGGCUUCAGCUAGUAAGAUAAUAGAAGUUGCGAUGCCAAUACUUAUGGCAAAGGAUGAUUUGCAAGGAGAAAUUAUUAAAGUGUUGCCAGCCAUUGUCUGUAUGUCUUUGGGAACUUUUGGUAUUAUCGUAGCUAGUGCUAGACAACCUAUAGGCCAUGUUAUAUUUUCGAAUUCUUUAAUAAAUGUUAGUGUUAUUUGUUACAAUUGCCAUAACAAAUCUGAAAAAAUGAAUUCAUCAGAAAACUUUUGCAAUGAAAUUAGGAAAAAUUACAGAGUUUUAGUCACAGAUAGCAAUUCAAUAGUACAGACCAAUAGCUCUAUAUUGAUUAGUCUAAAAACAUUAUUUGGCAAAUUUCUAAAUAUGAAGAUAUGGUCAAAAAUUGAUGAUAACUAUUGGAAGCUAGUUGGAAUAUUGUGCAGGCACUAUUAUAUUUUUGAUUAUGAAGUUUCCACAAAUAUUAUUAAUGAAUCUAAUAUACCUGAAAGUUUGAGAGUGUUCAAGCCUUUUAUUGAAAACACACAGAAUUAUAACUACCCCGAAUGGAGUCCUCAUGUUGAUUUAUUAAUAGAUGUAUUUAUAAAUGUCCUAGUAAAUCUUACACAAAGAUGUUUAGAAAACAAUGAUAAUAAUUUGCAAGCAUCAACUUUGGAUAGCAUAAAAAAAUUGGGCCUUUGUUGUAAUGAUAAACUGGUUUUCCCCGUUACAAAGCUUUUGGUUUACUACAUAAUGCAUCCACUGUGCUCACAUGCACCAAAAGCGAUAAUCGACUUAAAGAAUGUUUGUGAAUUUCACAACCAAAGUCCAAACCAAGUGUACCACAGGUACAAGAAAGACUACUGCAAACUUUUCGUCGAAUGUAGUCUUUACAAUGGCAAAGACUUCGCCAUAUAUCUCUUAAAAGUUGUAAGAGCAUUCGGAUUCGUAGGAUAUCGGGAUUUUAUAUCAAAAGAUAUUCAUCAUUUUCUACCAUACCUUAUACCUUAUGCUGUGGUUGUGAAAGAAAUUCCGUCAAUGAUAGAAGAAAUCGCGGCCCUCGUCCAAUGUUCCGUGUCAGAUUUUCUAAUUGAAAGAUUUCCUCACAUAUAUGUUCACGUGUACCUCACCGAGUCUGAUGACUCCGCUAAGAAGUGUUAUGGUAUUUUAGAAAAACUUACUGGGACACCUACAUUGAAUUUAAUCCAACGGCACUUUAGAGUGAUAUUAACGGAAUUCUUAUUACAGUAUUGUACAAAUCCAGAGCGAGUUUUAGAUGCGUGUCGAUAUUUGGCUUAUCACGAUCCAGAGGAAUCAACUCCCAGGUAUAAAAUCAAAAUGAGUACUAGCAAAAUUGCGGAAUUCCUGAACCCAAAGUUCUUGGGCGUUUUAGCUUAUUUCGACCAAAAGUUAGUGAAUGGCAAGGUAGCUUUGUCGGUGAAGCGUAAAGCAUUAAUGAGCUUCCCAGAUAUAAUGCAGAUAAUGGGGUCUCAAUAUCUUACACCUCUAAGAUUCAAGGUCCUAGCAACCUUGAGAUCGGCUUUGCCAUUAGCUAAAGAAUUUCCGAAAAUACUCGCCAAGGCAUGGGGGGCGUUUAUCUACAAUAUUGACAACAUUUCUUUGGGUCCCCUUUUGUCGAACCUAGCUGUUUCAUUACUUCAGCAGUUCGAAUAUGCUCCAAACGAGAUAAAUGAAAUAUUCGAGUACAUGAUACUUGACAAGGAAACCCUUUUGAAAUCUUAUAUAUCGGAUUUGUUUUUCCUCGAAGAUUCAAAAAUUUCUGAGAGAGUUAAAAUAGUAAUACAGAAACACGUAAAUAUAUCGCAGCCCAGUCGUUUUAUAGAUAAGAUAAAGUGGUACUUGGAUCGUUUGAACCACGAUACUUCGAACCUUAAAGCGUAUGCUUUCUCACAUUUGAACAAAUUAUUGAAGAAUAAUAGAUCUGAAAUACACAAAGCAAUAUUUGGUGGGAAGAAUAUACAUCCAGUAAUGGUUGAACUAAUAGAUUCUUUGCUUGACGGCUGGCGGGCGGGCGCGGCGGGCGCGUGCCUGGGCCAGCUGGGCGCGCUGGAGGCCGGCCGCCUGCCGCGCCGCUACGUGCGCGCCGGGCCCGCGCGCUUCGCCUUCCGCCUGGCCGACGACGCGCUGGCCGCCGCCGCGCUGACCGCGCUGGCGCAAGCCUUCCGCGCCGAGCAGGACGCCACGAACAUGGAUUGUUACGCUCUAUCAAUUCAGGAAAUAUUAAAAAUUUACGAAAUAUCGCCUACUGGUUCGAAGAAGGAAGUUUGGAAUAGUUUUCCAGAAAAUAUGCAUCAAAUCAUGUUACCCUUAUUAAGUUCGAGGUAUACCCUAGCUUAUCCAUCGCAACCUAAGAAAGUUCAUCCUUUAUUUGGUUCCGUUCACGCGACAGUAUUUCUCGAAUGGGCUUACAAUUGGACGGUUCAGCUCAUUCCUCUGAUAGAGCCGGAGAAGACCCGCGAGCUACUACAGGCCGUGCUCCCGAGUAUGCGCCGCGAUGUCCGGACUCUUUUCCUGUUCUUGCCCUAUGUACUGUUGCACGCUGUCAUGUCUGAGAAAAACAUGCCGUUUAUUCGCGAGGAAAUGAUGGCUGUUAUAGGCUUAGAAAAUAGUCAAGAGGAGAUCCCAGUUACGGUAGAGAAAUCUAGUUACAAAGUGUUACGACAUAUUCGGUUAACGCCAAAUAUCAAUACGGCUCAAGCGGAAGGCAAUCAGAACGAGUGUAGUAAAGCUGUAUACAAUUUAUUGGACUUUCUCAAUCGAUGGCUUUUGGAAUGGACUUUCACGUUCCCAAAACCUUUGGAGCAUGAAAACUACAAAUCGAUCAAAUCGUUCGUGGAUAGCUUCGACAAGUUGGUCAUAGCGCGCGGUAACUACGCCUGCGGGGAGCUGGAGCGCGCGCUGCAGUACCUGGAGCUGUACACGGAUGACGACGCCCGGCUCCAGGGCCAACUGCCCUUGCUGGCCGAGAUAUACGCGCUGCUGGACGAGCCGGACUGUGUCGCUGGUAUUUUAGCCAUCAAAAAAUCGGAGCCAUCCCUAAAAGAGUUUAUUCUGACACAAGUGGUUACCGGACGCUUACAGGAUGCCGCCUUAUGCUACGAGAGAUUGGCCCAAGAAGAACAACUGGACAGACAUGGCUUACAGGGUAUGAUAGAAUUCUACUUGGAUCUUGAUCAACCGUUUACAGCGUACCGCUUGCUAAACGAACACGAUUCUGAUAACAUGACGGAAAUGUCGGCCGAGCCGCUGUGGAGACUCGGGAGAUUCGAUCAGCUCGAAGAACUUGUUAAGAAACCUGUGCCACCGUCUCGUGAAAACUGGGGACUAUUAAUGGGUCGUAUUCUACUCGCUUACCGUAAGGAAGAUCAUGAUUUAUUCAAAGUGUCCUGUGAUAAUGCUAUAAGCAGAUUGGUUCAUCAAAUUGAUGGAAAGAGUAGAGGGGAGAGUGCUCUCAGAAGUAACUAUCAGAGUGUACUCGGACUGCAUAUUGUUACUGAGGCCGAGCAUACAGAAGAAAUUUUUAGGAGGUUAAAAGAUUUGGAAGAUGGAGACGGACAGAGUGUUGAUGUGGUAAAUAGACUUUUAGAUGACUGGCGACAAAGAUUGUCCCUCGUGCAAUCCGACUUUAGGACCAUUGAGCCCCUGUUGAGAAUUAGGAGGAUACUGUUGCAGCAGACUCAGGAAUUACUUGAACCGACGCAUCCAUUAAUGGCGAGUAAGUUGAAGUCAUGCAUUGGCGAUCUUUGGUUGCAAAGCGCGAAACACGCUAGGAAAGCUGGUGUCUUUCAACAGUCAUACAUGUACAUCCUUAAUGCCGAGGAACACAAGCCAGAGGGACUGUUUGUCGAAAAAGCAAAGAUAUAUUGGGCUCGUGGGCAACAAGAACACGUGAUGACAACUCUAAGACGGGGAAUCCAAGAGAAUUUCCCGGAAAUAGACAAACUUACAGAGGAACAGAGAAAAAUUUGUGCCAAGGCGAAACUUUUAAUCGCUAAAUAUAACGACGAAACAACUAACGUUGACGUGGACGUCAAUAUUGGAUAUUAUAAGGAAGCGGUGGAAGUGUGCAAAAAUUGGGAGAAGAGUCUGGUUUGCCUCGGAUCAUAUUAUGAGAAAGUCAGUACUAGUGACAAUUGUAACGCGAAUGUUAUGUGGUCACGUCGCCUGUAUGCGCUCAACAGUUACGGCAAAGCGCUGCAAUACGGACACAAGUACCUCUAUCAGAGUAUGCCGAGGAUGCUGUCUAUAUGGUUGGAUGUAGAAGUAACCCCGGAAGAUAAGACUAUUCAUUCAAUACUAGGCCAAAUGACGGAGAUUAUAAAGACGUAUUCUGAGAGAUUGCCGCUAUAUUUAUUUUUGACGGCUUUCUCGCAGAUUAUAUCGAGAAUUUGUCAUCCCGUUUUAGAGGUGUACGUGCAGCUGAAGGCGAUCCUCGUGCGGCUGGUGGCGGCCUACCCGCAGCACGCGCUGUGGAUGUCGCUGAGCGUGCUGAAGUCCGGCUACCCCGUGCGCGCCUCGCGCUUCCUCUACGUGCUGGCGGACGAGCGCCUCAGCGAGCCGCGCGCGGCCCGCCUGCGCGCCGACUUCACGCAGCUCGCCGAGUGCCUCAUCGAGCUCUGCAACAAGCCCGUCGCCACUGCCGCCGGGUCCACGACGGUGUCAGCCCUCGUCCGAACUCUACCCCGAUUGCUCGCCUCGAAAAACUUCAGUCAAAUUAUGAUGCCGUUUCAAGAGUUCUGUAAAAUAGUACUCCCGUCCAAAGCGGCAAGACAGGAGCAGAUCGACAUAAACAUACCGACGGAGCCUGAGGUCUACAUCGCGGGAAUCGAAGAACAUAUUGAAAUAUUGCCAUCGUUACAGAAACCAAGGAAGGUCACACUAAGAGGUUCUGACGGCAAAGCAUAUAUAAUAAUGUUGAAACCGCGUGAUGAUCUUCGCAAAGAUUUCCGCUUGAUGGAAUUUAAUGGCAUCGUAAAUAGAUUCCUUCAAGAUGCACCGGAAACCCGCAGAAGACGUCUAUACAUACGGACAUAUAGUGUUUUGCCUUUGAAUGAAGAAUGUGGACUUAUAGAAUGGGUGCCCAAUCUCGUUGGGUUAAGGGCUAUUCUUGUGCAUAUUUAUAAACAGAAAGGUAUCUACAUGAGUAACCGCGAAUUAAAGGAAAUGAUGUGCUCCAACGGGGACCCCGUCGAAAAGAAACGUCGUAUUUACGAAAAGCACUUACUUCCGCGACAUCCUCCCGUGUUUCAGGAAUGGUUCCGAAGAGUUUUUUCUGAUCCGUAUGGAUGGUAUCAAGCACGAUCAGCUUAUAUACGGACCACCGCUGUGAUGUCCAUGGUUGGGUAUAUUUUAGGUCUUGGCGAUAGACACGGCGAAAACAUAUCAUUCGAUUCAACAAACGGUGACACAGUUCAUGUCGACUUCAACUGUCUUUUCAACAAGGGGGAGACGUUUCAAUGGCCGGAGAGAGUCCCCUUCAGGUUGACACACAAUAUGGAAGCAGCCAUGGGUCCACUUAAACAUGAGGGCAUGUAUAGGAAAAGCUGCGAAGCGGUGAUGCGAGUACUGCGAUCGCAGACGGAGGCGCUGAUGUCGGUGGUGGGCCCCUUCGUGUACGACCCGCUGCUGUCGUGGGGCUCGGAGCGGCCCAAGCUCGUCGAGUGCGUCGAGCGGACCAACGAGAAGGCUCUCACGAACUUGUUGCACAUACGGCAGCGGCUCAACGGGCUGGUUAAAACAAAGAACAAACAGCUAUCGUUGUCUCUGUCGCCAGAAGGUCAAGUUGAACAUUUGAUUGUUGAAGCCACCAGUGUCGAAAAUUUGUGCCAGAUGUACAUAGGUUGGGGAGCGUUUCUGUGAAAAAUUGCUAUUAAUAAAGUUUGAUAAUUUUCAUAAA